AUGCCGUCGCCGGAGGGGCUCUCGACAGUUUUCUGGGCCAGCUGCACCAUCGCGUGCGUAGGCUUCCUCUCACUCGUUGCACAAACCAUUUUCCGGCUCCGUGGAAAGCCCGAUGGCACUGUCGACAGACUCGUCAAGCUAUCAGAAGUGACCACCGACGACGAGGCCCAGGAGCCUACACAUCCGACCAGCCAGCCGUCCGGACGCGUGGACGCAGAGCCAGGCCCGGAGCCCCCCGGAGCAGAUUGCAGGGAAGCGCCCACGAGGCUCCUCGACGACUUGAUGGACUUCCUGAACUCUGAGUUCCAGGCGGCGAGGCCGCUGGACACAACACCGGAGAUCACCAGCGCCGUGUGCGCCUACCUAUCCGCCGCAGGGAACCUCCUGAUGCUGCACCGCGGGCCGCGCGGCAGUGGGAGCACCACCACCAACGUCAGGAUGACCGACCAAGGGCUCAACCUCGCCGCCGGGAGGAUCGUCCAGCACGCCGCGGCCGAGACCGCCUCGCUCGGGGCGCUCGGGGACGUGACCAGGCGCCCGGGGCUCGCCGCGGUCUUCCUGACGGGGAGCCUGUCGCUGGCCGCGGCCUGGACCGCGGUCGCGGCGUACAGCGCCGAGAGGUGCCCGCUGGCCUACCCGCCGGUCGUCCGCGGGGACGACACCGCCGCCGUCACCUUUAUCGCCGCCUGUGCAAGCCCGGAAUCCGACGCGGGGACCAUGCCGCCCCGCCUGAUCGUGGUGGCCCUUGUCGCGUCGGGGGUCGUGAACCUCGCCGUGCCCGCCCUCGUGCGCCGCUUCACCGACGACGAGGAGGUCAGGCUGUCCUUUGCGUAUCCCGCCGGCGUUGCGAUCAGCAUGGCGGUGCCGCUGUUGGCCCUCGGGGUCCACCGGGGUGCACUGGCUGCGGGCUUGAUGGCAACUGUGGGUUUGAUUGCCACAACCUGCAUGGCGGCCGUGUCCUCGAUCGGUUCCUCGGCUUAUGAUGAGAUCGCGAGCCGGUGGGAAGUCGUUGAUGAACAGGGUUCAGAUGAGGAGAGAUAA